AAGCAGCAUGGUUAACUAUGUUCCUACCGAACAUCAACAUUCUCUGAAACCGCAGAACGUUUUUGGAUGACAGGUGUUUGAGGUAGCUAAAAGGUUCAUGUGAGGCACUUUGUUCAGUUUUUAUAAAUUGUGUUUUUGAAUCCUACAAUUACAAUUUUAUAAAAUGCAACGUAACGUGUUUGCAGUAUGAAACCUGUGUGAUGAACUUUUAUUUUGAACUUGGAGGUUAUAGUGAUAGUGACAACAUCAGAUUAGUGACAGAUUCAAGUGGAUUUACUAAGAACUGCUUUGCUUGUCUGAUUAUGAUUUGAAGCCCAACAAACAGUUUCUGAUUUUGAAAACUCUAGCUGUGCCAUGUUCUAAAAUUGGAAUAUCCAAUUAUUGCUUUAUCUGUGGGGGAGGAGAUUGAUGGUUAGUGUGUAUGCCGACUGAGUUUGUGCCAAGUCAUGGAUUAGGAUAUCACGAAAGUUUCUGACCACAUUUGAAGUAGUGCUUUCAGAGGAUGUGGGUGGAAUGCAUGUUAUGCUGGCUUUUGGAUGUAUCUGUAGCUUUCUGGGACUUGUGAGACAAAUAUGUAUGAAAUUCUUCUGUCCGAGGAGGAAUGUCCGCUGGACAUAGCUGUAGAAAGCAAACGCAAAGUCCGGUUUGUUCUUAAAGUUCCCCAGGAUCAGGACAUGGCGAAUCAAAAUGGGGCCCUACCAGGCCUUACAGACUCCGCCCGGCACAAGAUGCUCAGCAAAUUCUUUGGAGUUAACACCAGCGAAUUGACUCUACCUUUCUCCCAGUCUUUACCCUCUACACACGAUCACCUGUCCAACGGUUUCGACUCCCCACGCUCGGACACCCAUUCCAACAGCGAUGCCAUCAGUCUCAGCAGCAGUAACAGCAGCAGUAGCAGCUUUUCAAAUACCCAGCGAAAAACCAGAGGACAAAAACCUGUACUUGGUUCAAAUGGGGUGACAGGAUUAUUACUUAAACCGCAGACUCCUCGCUUCAAGCGGAAGGCACCGGGCCCUGGACAUGAGCACAGGAAUAUACGCCCACCUAACAGGACGCAGAAAAAGAGACACAGGCCAAAGUCACUGACCUUGAUGCUUGAAAGGAGUCUGAGCUUGAAACGGAGGCAAAAUGGAAGUGGUAGGAGUCAGAAUGGUAAGGAACUCUCAACAGAGGAAUCAGCUCCUGGAGUCCUCAAGGUGUUCGGAGACUCCAUUUGUCCUGGAUCAAAUUAUAAGAGUAUACUUGCUUCUGCCAGUUCAUCGGCUGUUGAGUUGGUGAAGGAAAUUUUGACCAGGUAUUCUCUACCCCGAAGUGCACAUAGGGAGUAUGUUCUAUGUGAUGUCAUUGGAAAGUUUAUAAGUAGGAAGCAAAAUGGACUAAAGAAGACAGAAAAGGAGGAUUCUCAAGACACAUGGAUUGAGGAAUGUGUAAGACCACUUGCAGACAAUGAGAAACCACUGCUGCUGCAGUCUUUCUGGAAGCCUGAUGAUGGUCUGGUGAGGCGAUUUGAGAUCAGGAGGCGACUGGAUCUCCCACCAGAGGAGAUAGACAGCAUCACGUCGGGUAUCAACAAGAAUGCCAGGAGGCUUCAGAUGUCCCGGUCACAUGCGGUUCCCAAUGAGACCUGCCUGGACAGAUUGGACAAUGGCGAAAACGGUGUGGAUAUGGAGAACGGGUUCUUCAAUGGAGACCUUGCAUCCCAUUCCAGCCCAAGAUCAAGCAUCAUCCGCUCUCAGGACCAGAACCUGAGCAUGGAACGUGAGGAAACGGAGAGCAGCGAUGAGCCACUCGCUUGCAACAUCAGAAUGCCUUCGGAACUGCCAUAUUUCUUGACCCUCCAUGGGUAUGACAACCAGGAUCUGUUGAUGCACAUGCUCACCAAGGAGGUGAUGCUUGUUGGCAAUAGACACAUUGAACCUGAGGAGGACGAUAGCGACGAACUGUAUACAGAAGGCGUUGACAUCUCUUUGGAGGCCCCCGAUAUCUUGCCACAGCACUGUUGGGUCUUCCGCCAACAGAGACAUCUGGAGGGCCAGGAAGACUCGAGAGAGGAGGAGAGUGAAUUCGUUGUAAGGCUAGAGACCCUUCCCGAUGCGCAUGUCAUCAUCAAUGGCGUUCCUGUUACGGGAAGCGCCACUCUCAACCCGGGAGACUUUGUGUGCUUCGGCCACCACUACGCAUUCAUGUACAAGGACCCUGCGGCCUGCACGUCUCCGGCCAUGUUCCCCUGGAGCAUCCCGGCCACCAUGACCCAGAGGCGCUGGGUCGCCCCCAACCAGUAUCUUGCCCAGAAAGCCAAGGACUACGCCAACGACAAGCAGAGGAUUAAGGUCUUGUACAGACCUCACGAUGAGGACCAGAUCAUCGGAUGGAUCGGACAACACCUGGAGAAGGCGGACACCAAAUGUCCUCUUGGGAUCUCCUACCUUCUAGCUUCAAUGGUGGAAUACUCCGCCUACCACUUCCACCAGACCAACGCAAAAUCACUCAUCAUCAAAACAUCAACUCUCAUCCAAGGCAUCGCAUGGGAUACAACUAAAAGUCUUGCCAAUCGCCCAACCGAAAAGCCUGAGGAUGUUCAUGCUACCAUGGCAACGCUCCUCCCCGAUCUCCGUCUCCUGCUCAUCUGCAUGGCCAACGCCCUGGAGCUCCUCAACUUCUACCAGAACCACCUCCACAACUACCUGGCCUCCCAGACCCACCACAAGGAGGGAAUCAGCUCCACCCCUUCGACAUCGUCAUCGUCGUCAUCUUCGUCGUCAUCGUCGGAGCAGGUGAAGUCUCCCAGGGAGGUGGAGGAGGGUGAGCAAGAGGUCUUGUCCAUCUUGGAGGAGGUGAUGAUGUAUACCUUCCAGCAGUGUGUCUACUAUCUCACUAAGACCCUCUACGUAGUCCUGCCUGCAGUUCUAGAUUCAAACCCCUUCCUUGAUGAACCCAGCGAUGGACGCAGCUCGCCGAGCAACAGCGGCAUGGAGAAGGUCAUCUACGUCUUUCAGUCGACCUAUGACCUCCUGCACGAGGUCGGAGUUCAUUCCCAGAUCACCUCACAACUCUUUGCCUACCUGCUCUUCUUCACCAAUGCAUCUCUCUUCAACAUGCUCAUGGAAAGAGGAGUUGGAGGUAAGUUCUUCAAGUGGUCCAAGGGAGCCCAGAUCCGAGGGAACCUGGAUCUCCUGGAGAUGUGGAUCUAUGAGAAGGACCUGAAGCUCCAGGCCAGCUUCCUCCAGAAGGUCUCCAUGGCGACGGAUCUCCUGGCCACGCCCAAACUCCAGCUCGCUCAGGCAGAAUGGAGCUCCGUCCGGCGGGACUUUCCGGUGCUGAACGCAGCCCAGAUCCAUCAGAUGCUGAGCGAGUAUGACAUCGGAGGCUCCCAGGCAACCAGGCCCAGGGCUUGGUUCCCCCCACCCAAGGAAGUGGAGGCUGCAUUGAAAACAGAAGAGAUCCUGGUGAGUUUUGAUGACCAUCCACCGCUGGUUCUCCCGACGGAUGCCUUCCAGCUCGACCUGAGGUGCGACGUCUGCGAGCUGUUACCAGGUUUCAAAGACAUACUACAGGCUCUUCAUAAAGAUUUCCCGAAGAUCAGAAUCAAGACUGAUCAUGGAGAUAUCAACUUGCCAGUGUUUGAUGAGGAGUCGUCCAUCGAGGAGACAACAGGUCCCGAGGAAGACCUCCCGUUCAGGGACAAACGGAAGAAAGCAGUCACACCCAAGGCCAGAUCUCGAUGCUCCUCCUGGCCUCCCAAUGAGAAAGAUGCAGGGGCCAUUCUGGAUGACAACGUGGAGGUAGAGAAGAGAGUAAGGGUCGCGAAUGAAAAGGAGGCAGAAGUGAUCGAUCCGAGAUGCCAGAAACUGAUGCAGGAACUGGAACUGAACGGAGAAGUCAACAACAACGUAAGGAAUGUCAGGGCAAGGUCGAAUGUCCGGAGGCAGACAUCUCUUUCAGCGUUGCCAGACCCCAAGCCAAAGAAGCCACAUCCCACUCUUACCAAGAGCUACAGCUGCCCAUCAACAGCAAAUGCAGCGUUAAGGGUACUCAAUGGUAAGGUAGAAACUGAUGCCAGUGGUUCCAGAACUCUUUCAUGCAAUGGAGCCAGUGAGAAUGGACAUGGUGGUAAAGUGGUGCAUGUUGACCGCAAUGGGAUCAAGACUUCACCUGUGAACCAUGUUGUUAAGCCGAUCCUGAAGAAUAAGAAACCCAAACCCCAUCGGAUGGACAUUGAGAACGGGAUCUCCCACAUCACCCAGGAUGUCAUUUUAGAGGAGGAUGGUGAGACUUGCCUACCACCACCUCCUCCGGUAUCACCCAAACCCACGUUCAUUCCUCCAUCACCAAGAACCCCACGAUCCCCCAUUGCUAUGCCAACACGAGCUCCGUCACCUCUCCCAUCACCACCGAUGUCACCCAUGGAUUCGAAGAAGCCUUCGACACCACCUCCACCUCCUCCUAAGCCAAAGACAAGACCAUCGUUGAAUGGUUUUCAACUCCCUCGCACUCCAUCUCCCCCUACCACCAAUGGAGAUCUCAACGGAGACCUCAAACUCAACGUCAUUGCUCCUCCUCUGGGAUUCGACUCGUCUCCGGAAGAGAGGCGGAGGAGGGAGGACGAGAGGAGGCAACAGGCAGACAGGAUCAAGCAGGAGGUCUUGAGGCUGGAGGGUAAAGAUGCCGGGAGGACCAUGCAAAAUGGAGACAGAGGAAGAGUCGAGAACGGGAGUGUGAAAGAGCAGAAGAUGAAAGUGGAGGGGGUGUUAGGAGCGGAAAAGGGGGAACCUCUGAGCAGCAAUAUGAGCAACAACAAUGUAGAUCUGGACGGAGAGGGCUUAGAGGAGCUCCUUAAAGGAAUAGACUGCCAAGACAACAGCGACCUCAGCUUUUGGCAAGAUGAUCGUCAGGGGUCUGAAUCGACCGGCAGCCUCGCGACCCCCGAGAGUUGGACCACCGAGUCUCCCAACAGCGAGUGGUCAUCAUCAUGCUCAUCGUUCAGAGAACGGAAGGACUCUAUCGAUGACGUCUUUGUGGUGGAUCUUGAGAAGGGAGAGGCUGGUCUUGGGCUUGGACUAGUGGAUGGACAGCACACGGUCUUGAAGUCCCCUGGAAUCUACAUCUGUAAGGUACUGCCUGGUGGAUCAGCUAAUCAGUGUAAGAAACUUAGAGUUGGAGACAGGAUCCUAGCAGUCAAUGGAACCAGUCUCGUGGGGGCUGACUAUGAUAGUGCUAUGAAUCUUAUCAAGAAUGCCGGCGACAAGCUACGCAUUUUGGUCGGGAAGUCAGAUAACAACAUUGCCAUGAAGAUCACAGCCUCCAGCUGCUAGAGCGAUGGCCAGACCCUGAUUGACUGAGGGAUCAACCAAUGCUUGCUGACAACUAACCCUCAAAAGGCCUGUUUUCAUCAGGCCGAAGUAACCUGCUAUUUUAACUAGCCCGAUCUCAGAUUAGCCAGCUAAUAUGCAUCUUCAUUCUUCAUCAGCCGAAGUUGCAAUUAGCGGGCUAUUUGGUCGAGAAAAUAUCCCAAGAAAUUUUGGUCUUGUUUCCAAAAUAGCCCACUAUUUGGGAAAUAUUUGGGCUGAUUUGCGCCUGUCCGCCUAGUUUGUGAUGAGCGUAUUGGUCUUGUGAAGACAC